UCGGCAUGUCAAAAGGUGGGCCUCGGCCUGGGGCAAAAAUCGUAGCCCCAUCUUAUUCAUCUUUUGGGUCUGAAAAUCAGGCCCAUGUCUCACCAGCAGGCUUGAAAUUGGCUGGAGACUGAUAAGUAUCGUACCGGUCUCAUCAUGAAAGAUACAACCACAUCGGCCCAAAACAGCCCAGUAAAGGGCUAUAACAGGCCGUAUCGAGAACAGCAAUCGACAAGGCGAAGCCGAUCGUUAUAAAUGCUAUACUAGAUCUUUUCAAAGCCGCCUCACCGGAGAUGUUGAGUAUAGCAGACCUAGGCUGCUCUUCUGGGCCCAAUACCUUGUUGGUCAUCUCUGAGAUCAUCAAUGCCAUUGACGGGCGAUGUCGUGAUAUAGGCCGUUCAUCGCCCGAAUUCCGAGUGUUCCUAAACGACCUCUACAGCAAUGAUUUCAACACCCUUUUCAGGUCCUUGCCUAGCUUCCAUGAGAAACUCAGGAAAGAGAGGGGGAAUGGUUUCAGACCAUGUUACUUGGCAGGCGUGCCAGGAUCCUUCUAUGGGAGGCUAUUUCCAGACAGUAGCUUGCAUUUUAUUCAUUCUGCUGCUAGCCUGCAUUGGCUAUUUCAGGUCCCUCCACUACUUGAGAGUGAAAAUGGCAUUACCUUAAACAAAGGGAACGUCUACAUUGGGAAGUCGAGCCCUCCUCUGGUGUUUAAAGCUUACCUGGAGCAGUUCCAGAGGGAUUUCUCUUUAUUUCUCAGCUCUCGUUCUCGAGAAAUGGUGGCUGGGGGACGGAUGGUCCUGGCACUGUUGGGAAGGAGAAGUCAUGAUCCAUAUAGCGGAGAGUGUGGGGUCCACUGGGGCCUCCUAGCACAGUCGCUCAAUGACAUGGUCUCACAGCAUUUGUUUUUCGGGAAGAACGAAAACCUUAGAAGAAUCGAAGACAUGGAUGUGGAGCAUGUUUUUCACAUGAACGGUGGAGAUGGAGAAGCCAGCUAUGCUCAAAAUUCAUUUCUGCCGAAAACAGCAAUACAAAAGGCAAAGCACGCAGUAGAGAAGGCCAUACAAGAGCUCUAUUGCACCUUCCCAGAUAGCCUAAGCAUUGCAGACUUGGGCUGUUCUUCAGGACCCAACACCUUGUUAGUUAUCUCUGAGAUCAUAGAUACCGUGGAUGGGAUACGCCUCCAUCUGAGACGUCCAUCGCCCGAGUUUCGAGUUUUUCUAAACGAUCUCCCGUCCAAUGAUUUCAACAACCUUUUCAGGUCAUUGCCGGGCUUCUACGAGAAACUCAAGAAAGAGAAGGGUGACGAUUUUGGGUCGUGUUACGUCGCCGGCGUGCCGGGAUCCUUCUAUGGGAGGCUCUUUCCAUAUAGGAGUCUACACUUCGUGCAUUCUUCGUACUGUCUGCAUUGGCUUUCUCGGGUACCUCCGUUGCUUGAGACUGAAAAUGGAAUUGCAUUGAACAAAGGGAAUAUAUGCAUGGGAAAGUCUAGCCACCCUCUCGUAUUCAAAGCCUAUUCAGAGCAGUUCAAUGGUGAUUUCUCCCUCUUUCUCAGCUCUCGCUCUGUAGAAAUAGUGGAGGGGGGUAAGAUGGUUAUCACUUUAGUAGGCAGAACAAGCCCAGACCCCUGCAGUGAGGAGUGUCGUUACGUUGCUGAACUUUUAGCACUUGCACUUGAUGACAUGGUCUCUGAGGGAAUGGUGGAAGAGGCAAAGGUGGAUUCAUUCAACGUGCCGUAUUAUCCACCGUCCAUCGGCGAGGUUAAGGCUGCAAUUGAGAGAGAAGGAUCCUUCGAUCUUGGUGAACUGGAAAUCUUCAAGGUAAGUUGGGAUCCGAGCAUGGAUGACGACAACGGAAAUUUUGUCUGCGAUAAGUAUGCGAGCGGUAUGAAGGUGGCAAAGUUUCUAAGAUCCGUAUUAGAACCUAUGCUUGUUAGUCACUUUGGCAAAGCCAUAAUUGAUGAUUUGUUCCAGAGGUACGGAAAGAAAGUCGCCGAUCACAUGUCGAAGGAGAACCCGAAACAUGUUAAUCUUGUGGUCUCAAUGACUAAGAGAGGUUGAUGAUCUAAGAUAGAUUUCAGCUGCAUUAUUAUUAUUAAGAUGAUGCCUUGAUAUGAUGUAAUUUUCUUCAAAUGACAUCUAUAAUCACAGUA